AUGAAGGUCUCCGCCAUUCUGUCAUUCGCUUCCCUGGCUGCCGCGCUCCCCGGUUCGCGCACCUCCAAGUCCUCUAACGGCCCCUUCGGCGUGACCGCCGCUCGCUCCGGCUCCGAUAUUCACUUCCUCUCUUUGACAGCCUCCGGCGGCCACUUUUGGCUCGGUGGAAAGUCGCAGACCUACUGCCCCUCCGGUGUCGGAGCUAGCUGCUACAAGCAGAACGACACCAUCAUCUACGGCGGCAACGCUCUGGACGUCAUUGUCCCCGGUGGCCAGCAGAUCUACGUUGAUGGAACUGGCGCUCUGAGCUUCACUGUUCCCCACUCGGCAUACAUUCCUCCUGGCUCUUCCAUUGGCCCCUUCAACUACUCUCCUGGCCAGCCGGUUGGCACCUGGACUUACUCUGGCCAGGGUGCCUCGGGCUUCAUGGCUUGCCCUGUUCCUCAGGCUCCUUCGUCCUCCUCGGCUAGCCCUUCGGCUACUGCCACCCCCAUGAGCGCUGCUGGUCGCUCAUCCCAGGCUCCUCAGUGGCAGGUGUACGCCGCUCUGUCGAACGCUACUGUUCCUUCUGGCAAGGUCUCUGACUGCCUUGGCUUUGACGCUCUUGCCGUUAGCCUGAACGUCACCUCUGACCAUCUUGCCUGGGAGUACAUCUAA